ACGACGCGAUGGUGUGUCAAGAACUCCUUUCUUCUCCACGUCUUGAAGGUGUGAAGGUCCUGACGAAGCAGUUAAACCUCAGGGCCUACGACAUGGAGAAAGUCAUGGUGCAGUUUUCCGACCUGCAGUGUGACGAGAUUUUGCCCAGACCAGGCACCAAAGUCUUCUUUGGGGACAGGUUAUGUACACAUGCUUCAACUGCCCGACAGAAGAGUUACCCCUCUACGACAACAGCCAUGAUGGAGACGGCAGCCAUUGGGUUUAUGCUUUUCGUAUUCUGGAAGUGUCUUACAUGUUGCCGCGGACCAACCGUGACAGUCCCCGCGUCAGUCCAGAUCCCCGCACACCAUCAAAGGGAGCCGACACCCGUCCCCGUUCUUAGACGCUCGCGAUGUGCGAGAAGAGCGCCCCAGAGAUAUGGUUUUCGAAGCGUGUGGGCCAUCAACUGUUAA